AUGGAGCGAUCUACACAGGAGCUGUUCCUCAACUUCAUGAUCGUCUUGAUCACAGUCCUCCUCAUGUGGAUUCUUGUGAAAUCU